UAUUGACUUUAAUAUAAUAAUAAUAACAAACAAAAAAUCUAAUUGUUUUUUAUUAAUACAGUAUUCAAUGAUUUUGUAUUAUUAUUAUUAUUAUUGUAAAUACAAUACAUAUAUGAUAUAUAAGUAAUACUAUAGUAUUGGUUGACAGCUAUUGGUGGCAGCCGUGUGUGUGUUGGCCAACAAAUGUGUGUCCAUUAUCACCGAUACCAUCAUCUUUAUCAUCAACAACAUCACUGCUACAAUCACUUCGGGUCUUCGCAACACAAUAUGCGUCCAAACAAACCAAUGGCCACCAGUUGUUGUUGUUGUUGUUGUAGUGGUCAUCGGCAUUGACACCGACGACCUCAUUGACUGACUCAUCUCUGUUUGUUUUCUCUGUGUGUGUAUAACCAUCGAUGAAUAUCAUCUCAUCUAUAACUAGAGGACAACUAUCCCGACAAUGGCCUACUUGUUUACCAUAGAACAGAUCGAACUGGUCAGACGUCUCCGCAAGACUGGACUCACCAAAGAGCAGGUCUGGCGGGCCUAUGAAGAGAUGGACCGAAUGGACGGCGAACUCAAUACUACUGGUGUCGACCAAAGUGUCUGCAAUAAUAACGGCAAUAAUCAUAACCCGGUGGUGACCGCCAGCGGUUCGCCGCUGGCAAACAACGGUCGGCCAUUGACUUCAUCGACACAAUUGAUGGCCAACUCGUGUCACACAAUGUCUCAGUCGCAGCAAGAGUUUCAACGAUCGGUUCAACAGCCGAUGCAUUCGAUAGCCGCCAAUUCAAAGACAUUACAACAUAAUUCGCAUUCACUGUCACUAAUAGACAGCUCGUCCAUCGAUAUGAGUGACGACGAACUGUCGCCCAAAGAGUCGUCAUCGGUCUCCAUAAUACCGUUGCUGACAUCACAACAAACUGAUAGCCAAUCGAUGGCUGUAUCGCUCAGACCACAAAUGACAGUCAACACUAUCUCUACAGAGGAAUCUCAAGAGUUAAAUGACUUCAAGAAGAGAGGCGAGAUAACAAUGCUUAAUGAGAUCCGCACUUUUGUCAACAAAUAUAACAUAAGACAGAUAAUGAUCGCUGAGAUGACCAAAAUAUCUCAGGGAUAUGUCUCGCGAUUCUUUCGCGGCGAAGGCCAAGACAUGUCGGACAAGUCGAAGAACUUGAUCUACUUGUGGUAUCUGUCGUGUCGUAAUCGACCCGAAUUGUUAACCCAAUACUGUCCGCAAACGAUUGGCGAACGGCGCACACAGUUGACCGAAACGGGCGAUCUGUUGCCGAUAAGAAGGGAUCGAUUUAUCUUUCGUAAGGAACAUCUCAUGGUUUUAGACAAGUAUUUCAAAGACAACGCCUAUCCGGACGCGUCAACCAAAGAGAUGAUCGCCGAUGAGUGUAACACAUGUGUCGAAAGGAUAACUCGGCGACCGCUUAAAGAAAGAGACAAAGUAUCCAUUUCUGUGGUCAGCAAUUGGUUUAAUAAUAAACGCAAAGAAGCAAAAAGCAAACAUUUGCCGCUUAAUCAACCGAUCGGGGCAUCGCCGCAAUUGGUCACACAGGGCGGCCCCGGUAUGUAUUCAAUGAUGAUAUCGGAGAGCAGUAUCUACUCUAACCAUUCGGACCAAAGUAUCGAAGAAGUGGAGACCAAACCAGACCUGUCUAUACUUCAGGAGCUGUCCGGCAAUGAAUCACUCGAGUUGUCCGAUGAGGACGCGGUAGACGAGAGUCAACACGUGUACCAAUUGGAUGAUUCGGUCAACAAUUUGCAUCAUUCACAUCAUCAGCAACAACAACAUCAAGACUUUGACGCCAAACUCGAACCAACUUUUUAA